UGGUACCGUGAACAUCAUGGGAGGAAAUGUGACGGUGGCACAGGACGAGCAGGUGGAGUUCCAGUGUGUAUCGUCCAAAUGGUUCCCCAUACCUACUGUCAGCUGGACCUGGAACUCUGAGGCUGUGAACAGCAGCCUGUACAUCACCACCAGCAUGGCUGACGGGGAUUUCUUCAACUGCACCAGUGUCCUGAAGUUCCAGGCAGUCAGAGACACCCAGAUAGAGUGCCGGGCGACUGUGGAGACACUAGCCAGCCCACAAUCCAGCUCCGUCUACUUGGUGGUUGUUCCAAAGCCUACGGACUGGACCGUGCUGAUAGCUGUGGUCGUGUCCAUUGGAUCCUUUGCUCUGCUGGUUUUGCUCAUCAUUGGAAUCAUCUUCUGCUACAAAAGGAGGAAAGAAAAAAAAACCAAAUACGAAGAUGAAAUGAGCAGAAGAGUGAGGAGUCAGAGCCAGAUCAGUACUGUCCAUGGAGCGGGACAGAAUCAGGGCCAGGAGAACACAGGAUAUGUGCCAGAGGGUCAAACAAGUGUUGCUCCCAGUGAACUCACUGACAGCGGCUUUUUCCCGGCAAAUGGCUCCACUUUUUCUGAGAUGCCUGAUGUUGUGAACAGUACCCACACAGGAAAUGCUUACAUCACUAUGGAUAAACCCGCUUUCAGGAAGCACAGACAUGUCACCAUUGUGUGAGGACAGGAAGACGACGAGGAGCAUGAUAGGAGACCUUUAUGCAGUUCUGGAACACACUGUUGCAAAAAGGAGUAAGGAAGGACCGGCUCCUUCUGAGUGUGUGCUGGAGUAAAGACCAUCACAUCAACACCUGGAGCAGGGAUCGAGGCUGGACCAACACUACCUGUUAUGGUUGUUCUCAUUUGGUUAAUUAUGUUUAUUCUAGUUUAUACUGAGCAAUAUGUUUUACUGAUGUGUUAAAACAGAAUGAGCCGUACAUGUCUUAAAAUGCAAUACUCCUUAUAUGUUAUACUCUUCUGAUCUGUUUUAAAGAUUGAUGAAUUAAU